GUAUAGAAAAUAGAUAUGUGUUGUUGUUAGAUCCAAUGCUUGGUAAGUAUCCGUUAUUAAAAUAUUUAAUUUUAAAGAAACAUUAUUUAAUUUUCAUUUUUAAAAUUUAUAAAGCGACUGGUGGAUCAGCAAUAAAGGCUAUAGAAGUGUUGAUAUCUUAUGGAGUCAAAGAAGACAAGAUAUUGUUUUUGAAUUUGAUUGCAGCGCCUGAGGGCAUUCAAGCUGUUACUUCAAAGUUUUCAAAACUUAAGAUUAUAACUGCAUUCAUUGAUCAAGGAUUAGAUGAGAAGAAAUAUAUUAUACCUGGAUUAGGUGAUUUUGGUAAGUCAGAUUGGAAAGAAUUGUAA